AUGAUGAGAACACCAGAGAAGUCUUGUUCAUUUCCUGAUAUGGCAAACAUGGAUAGCGAUAGUUCGUUAAGCUAUGCAAUGUUGCGAAAUAAAAGGAAAAGAUCUGACGACAUAAUAAAUAACUUGGAAGACGUCAAAAAUGAAUUAAAAUUCGAAAUAAAAUCUUUAUUUGAGGAGUUUUCCCUCGCACAAAAGGAUCAAACAAACACAAUUAUUACUACUUUAAAAGAUAUACAGCACACAAAUUCCCAUUUAAAUAACACGAUUACAUUUCUUUGUGAGGAAAACUCAGAAUUAAGGAAAAAAAUAGAACAGCUGGAAAUCGAGUCGAGAAAAGACAAGGAACAAAUAAUACUCUUGGAAAAUAAAUUUGAGGAAAACUUAAGGACCGAAAAAAAAUCAAAUAUAGAGAUAAAAAAUGUACCAUUGAAGGGUGAUGAGAAAAAGAAAGACCUAUUAAAUAUGGUUUUAUUAUUAUCAAAAAAGUUAGAGCUUGAUAUAAAACAGACAGAAGUAAAAGACAUCAUGAAACUAAACAAAAAUAAAAAUCAACAAAAUACAACUUUAGUGGUCGAGUUCAAUAGCACCCUUAUAAAAAAUGACUUCAUACGAGCAUCCAAACUCUACAACAACAAAAAUAAAAAUAAUAAACUGAGCUCCAAACAUCUCGGGAUUGGAUCCAAUCCGGAUAUACAAAUUUUUGUAUCUGAAAACCUUACCCCAAAAGCAGCAAGACUUUUUUAUCUAGCGAGAGAUUUGAAAACGGUCAAACAUUAUAAGUAUUGCUGGACAAACUUCGGAAAAGUAUACAUACGCCAUGACGACAGCUCACCCAUCAUUAAUAUCACAAGCGAAUCUCAAGUUCAGCAAUUAUUAAAUAAGUGA